AUGGUGUCCCCAGACGAGGAGACCAGAACAGCGACAGUAGUCGACCCCGGUCCCCCCCUGAAGCUGCUGUCUCAACAGAGCGGGACAUCAAAUGGGAGGAAGCAGGAUUUGUUCAAGCAGGACGUGAAGAAAGCCACAGGAGAGGUGAAAGACUCCAAGAGCAAACAGCAUGUGUUCGCUCACGGUCUCCAUCGCUUUCAGCAUCUGCCCUGUGACAGCCCUGUGCGUUUCAUGAUGUACUCUGAAGCUGCUGCAGCACUCAUAACCCUCCAUGCAGACAACACGGUUUGUCUUUACAAAGCUGAUGGCCACAAGCAGACUCCCACAGCACACCUCCCUUUCAUGGGUCUGACCGUCACAAAGAUCUCGGGUCACCUGGUGGGUUGGGGCCCGGGGCCUGUCUUCACACUCCUCAGCAGUGAGUUGGACCCCCUGGAUGCUGCCCACGAUGCCCUGGACAUACGCGUGUGUCAGGCUGCAGAACACUCCACAGAGCUGGUGACCGCCGGUGUGGGCAACGUGUGCGUGUGGUCGGUGAUGCUCAUGAGGUGUAAGGUGAGGAUACAGGAGGGGCUGCAGCGGAGCACGUUCACUCAAAUGGCAUUAGCCCCGCCGCGAUCUGACAGACCCCACAGAGCGUUCGCGGUGUGCAGGCAGGUCGUCACGGUGGUCGAUCUCGAUGCCGGGAAGGUUUUGCAGCACAAGAGGGAUCUCUGCUCACGAGACAUCACUGCGAUGGUGUACUGCUCUCAACUGGACUGUUUGAUCAUUGCAUCGGAAGAGCUCUCCAUUACAGUAUGGGGUCCAGAUUGGGAACUGCGUGUGACUUUCGUUGGACAUAAUGGCGUGGUGAACUCACUGUUCUACUGCCCUGCAUUAAGCAUGCUGUUAUCAGCCUCUGCGGAUUGUACGAUCCGUUGCUGGAACAUGGAAAAGGGUCGUGUAAUCGAGUGCGUCCACACAGAGCCGGAAGACCCGCCGUUGUUCAUAGGAGGCAACAGAAAGGGAGACACUUUCUUCUCCUUCUCUCACCAAGGGGUUGACUUCUGGACCAUCAGAACCUUGUACACCCUCCACUGUAAACUCAAAGGCGACGAAAUAGCCCCACUGAGACAAAUCCUAGUUUCCCCCUUCCGUGCACCUUACCCUACACGAAUCCUCUGCGUCAGCGGGGACAGUGACAUCGUGCUUGUGGCUGCAGAAACAGGAGCAGUGUUGACUUCCUUUAAGGCAAAGCAGAGGGUUUUGUGUGCCGACUACUGCCUGCAUAAAGAGAUUCUGUUGGCUCUGACUAAGAAAGGUACGGUGCUCCAAGCCAACACGCUUACUAAUCCAAUCACUUUGAUGCAGGAGUGGAAGAAGAGAGGCCAGGGGCCCUGGCGAUACAGGGACAAUGUGACUGAGGAUGAUGUCCAGAAUCUGCCUGUCCCUGGCCCGGCUUGCUGUCUGGUGCUUUACAGUUACGUUGCUGAAACACAGAGAGCUUUAGAGGAGUGGAGGAGUUUGCAGGACAGAAGAGGAUGCAGUUACAGGAACAAGGCAGCGCUUGAUGACGCCAAGAAUAAGUUUUUGACCAUUCUCGGCCACAGUGGAGGCUGUGUGAGCGUUCUGAAAAUGGAUGAUGGGACGGUCUUUUACAGGACACCGGCACACAACGGCCAGAGAGUCACCGCAGUGCAGGUGUACCCCGAGAACGGCUACCUCCUCUCCACAGGCGAGGACAUGACGGUGGUGGUGUGGAGAGUAAACCCCUUCGUCCAGGAGUGUCUCAGCAAGAUGCUCAGCCUGCACUGUGGCCAACCACUAGUCUACCUGGCAGCGCUGGAUCGCCAGCUGGCCCUCACCUUUCAAGAUCCCACCAGUGGCACGUUCAACCUGAUGCACUUUAACCUUCUCAACCAGAGCCAGACCGGUUACUCCCCAGUGGAAGGACAUUUAGACCACUUCACAGGGUUGUGUGUGUGUCCUGAUCUGGAGGUGUUUGUCUCCAGCAGUCUAGACGGGACAGUGUGCAUCUGGAAUGAAGAUAAUCAUCUCAUUGGGACGCUACAGCUGAAUGCAGUGCCUGAGUGUCUGGUUUAUGGUGGAUUUGGAGGGGAACUGUUUCUUGGCAUUAAAGGGGAUCUAUACAGGAUGGAUUGCGCAAAGUUCCUUCCACACAUCUACCAACAACUGCUCCUUUACACUUAUUGUGCCGAACCCGUUCCUGACUCGCCUAUCAUCGAGAAUAAGGAGUGCGGCAAAAAAACCAAUGCAAGCACCGACAAAGAUGAGAAAGAGGGGUUGCCAGCAAUCACCAGCAAUUUAUUAUCCACUGAAGACACGUGGAGACAGAAGGAGCAUGACAGAUUAGUGGCCUCGAACAUGGACCUUGCUGCACUCCUACAAGGCUCAGUAAAAUGCAAAAAAGGGAAACCUCCCAGUACAAAGGAAACCAAGAAAGAGGCUUUUGAUCGCUACAUGAAGAUAAUAUAUGGGUUGCCCUUCAAUAUUAAGAUUGAUUUUGAUGAGACCUCGGAUAAAGAUCAUUUUGAAUUUGAUCCUGAACCAUGUGCCAUCAACCGUUAUGUGGCUCCUGCUGUAAAAGAGCAAGUCAAACCUGAAUCGAAGUUAAUCAUUCCUGUGAACGUGGAGAAAAAGGAGGAGGAAAAGGCUCCAGCACCUAAACCAAGGCCCCUGAUAAAAGUCAAGCCAUUGCCUGUCGCCGAACCCAAGAAACCCAUCAUAGUGGAGAAGAAAGAAGAGCCUCCUCCAGAGAUCAUGCCUCCAGUAGAGCCACCCAAACCCAAAAUUCCUCCUCCUCCUCCUCCUCGCCGUCCAAGGACCCCGCCACCACUCCCACAGCGGGAACCCUCCCCUGAGGUGCCGACAUUCCUCAAACAGUUUGCGGAUCAGGGCUGGUUUAAAGACCUCUUCCCUGAUAAAAAGUGUAUCCCGAGCACCUUGUCUCCAGAGGACUUCUCCUUGCAGCUGAUGGGCUGUCUAAACACCUGCAGUGCUCCAUCUAAGAUUAAGAUCCUGGCUGCACUGCAGUCGCUGCACAUCCAGGGACUCUUAGAGAAUACAGACCAGCUCUACCAAGGCCUCUCUGACUUGGUGUCAAAAUUUGUGAGAUAUCCCAUGUCGCCUGUGGAGCGGUCCGUGCUUGUUGAAAUGUUGCAUCAGUUGAUGCGUCUUAAAUCUCCCGGCUCUGACUUUGUGAAAAAGCUUCUCACUCUUCUGGCUUGUAAAAAACUGGGUCUCCGAGCAACAGUGCUGCACAUCCUGACUGCAUUAGGUGUAAGCGAGGCCGAGCCGUGGUUGUGGCCAGAGCUGGAGAGCUGGCAGACGGAGCUGCAGGACCAGUCUGACGUGUGGAAGAGCCUCCAUGACCGAGCCGAUUGUUGGCUGGAGUUAUGGACCUCCAGAUACAAAGAACAUAGCAGGUAUCUGUAUCUCAAGAGUACAGCGAAGUGGAAGCCGCUAACCUUCAGCGUGGUGGAUGUGCUGAACUAUUUCUGCUCCAUCCAAAAAGAGGAGCACAGAAAGAAAUGUGUCGCACCAGCUGGUCGCAAAAACACAGUGCUUUUGCCCCUAUAUGACUGCAGUUCUCAACCAAUCCUUCGACUAGGAGAGACGUACAGCAUGGCCAGGACAUCCAGGCCACCAGGUUUAAUUCUGCCUCCCCUGAGAAGCCGUCCCUUCCUCGUGCACUUCCCCAGUUUCAUCUCUUUGCCGUUACCUCGGGUCACUCUCCUCCCCUUUCACAUCUUCUCAGACGGAGACUGGGUGAAGGCCUCGCCUCGUCGCUACUUCAUUCAACAGCAGUCAUACGUGGAGUACUACAGAUGAUGCCUCUACA